AUGACUGCCUGCACCAAGAUUGGCCUCCUGGAAAUUGGCCAAACUCAAGAUGUGCCAGAUCAGGAUUUCCUUGCCCUCAAAGAUGAGAUGGAGUUUGUCACCAUCGCGCCGCUGGAUAUCUACAACGAUCAAGAACUGGCCGCACAAUUCCAACCCUUGCCGGGAGAACUUCCAAUAAGCUCCUGCACCCGAACCGGACAACGAAUAUUGAUUUCCCGCUCGGCUUUGGUGCCAGAAUUGCGAAAGGGGAUCCAAGAGGGCAUCAAGACAGGAUGUGCAGCACUGCUGGUAACGUGCACGGGAGAAUUCGACUUGGGCGAGACAACGCUACCUAUCAUCAUGCCAGGAGACCUUCUCCGCGAUCAAGUGCAACAGCAUCAAAGCCUGAUUGAAACGACCGCGGUCUUGGUCCCCGUUGACGAGCAGCAAGAGCUGUUGCUCAACCGUUGGAGACUGCGGCUUCCUUCCACCAUCCCGAUAUACGUAUUCACUCUAUCGCCGCAGUCGUCACUGCUAGAGUGUCGAAAUAUGGGGCAGCAACUGAUACAGUCAGAAGUCGACACGGUCAUCAUGGAUUGCUUUGGAUAUUCUCUUGCGCAAAAAAGGGCCAUCUGCGAGGUGGUCCCGAGAGUGUUCAACGCAAAAGAGGUGAGUGUCGAGUUCAUACAGUCCAGCUUGAGAAAGUUUGCGGCGUGA